AUGAGACGGGCUCAGCUACUCGCAGCGCAUAAACAAGCUGCUCAACCAGAGCAUGUCACUGCCUUUCGAGCUGCUGAGAAAAAGUAUAAAUCAAGGGUCCCACCACCCGACUAUAGCCAGAUCAUCGAAGUAGCUACGUUGCCUGGAGAAGCAAUCCAAGUAAGCUGCGUGAUUGAUGGACAAGAGCUCUUUGGGCAAGACCUCAAAAUAUGCCUGCUAUCAGGGCAUCCCGGCAUUGUCAUUUUGCCAGGCGCUUUAAAACCAGAAGCACAGCGUUUGCUUGUCGAAAAGCUCCUCACCAACACUGCCAAGGCGCCGAAUGCUUGCAAUCUAGACACACAUUAUGUCAUGCCUAAACGCGGGCUAUGGGCUUGCUAUCAAGAUGCUUUGGACGGUCACGACAUCCUGAUCCAAGCCAAACAUGAGCUGGAGCCCACCACCGAAAAGCUGCCAGACGGUCGUCGCUUGAUCGACGGGACGCCAGACUUGUCCAUGUCGGCGAAAAAGCCUGCUCCUCCAUCGCAAACUGUGCAAAGCGAACUUGCUUCCACACUCAUGGCCAAGCUACGUUGGACAAAUCUUGGUCUCGAGUACCACUGGACCAGCAAGAGUUAUCAACUUACUGAUCCAAUACCUGUGCCACAAGAAUGGACAGACCUCUCUCGCGCAGUCGUCUCUGCUUUAGGCCUCGACUUUCAACCGGAAUCCGGCAUUGUCAACUACUACCAGCUCAAGUCAACACUCAUGGCUCACGUGGAUCAGUCGGAAGUCGCUCAACAGCCUCUCGUUUCUGUAUCGCUUGGUCAUUCUGCAGUCUUCUUGCUGGGUGGCGAAUCGCGUGAUGUGCCGCCCACCGCCCUCUACCUGCACUCUGGCGAUGUCCUCGUCAUGAGUGGCCCAGCUCGCCGCGCCUUUCAUGGCAUCCCACGCAUCAUUGAAGGUUCACUGCCUGCGCAUUUUCAAAAUUGGGGUCACUAUACAACGUACCUGAGUACAACGCGUAUCAAUGUCAACAUUCGUCAAGUUUUUUGA